CAUGUUGCACGCUGAUGCGCAUGCGUGCUGCUGUGAGUGAGCGCUGUGUGGUGUGUGCAAAGGUGGGGAAGAAUCUCGAGAAAAGAGUGCGACUGAAAGACUACUUCCUGCUGCAAAAUGAUGAGCGCCUCAUGCGGACCCACGAGGCUAUGGUGGAUAUGAUCAAUGAUAGACCGGCAAAUCGCAACAUCUUAGAUGCCUUAAGUUUUGGUUAUAAAUACGUUCCAGAACUGGACCACUUUGCAGCUCAGUUUCCUGGAUAUGAAGAUUCAUCUGAUGAGGAUUAUUAUUAUUAUGAUGACGAUAAAUACAGUAGUCAUACAAAUAACAGAUACUGUGGCUUUUCACGCAACUUCCUAGACAGAGGUCUACCAAAACCAAUAACAGCUGAGGAAGCGGAAAGAAAUGCAAAAGAGCUAGUGGAUGAGGAAGAAAAAAUUAAGAAAAAAGCAGAGAAGAAAAAAAUGAAAAAAAUGAGACAAAAAGAGAGACGUCGCCUGGAAAAAUUAGAGAAAGAAAAUGCAAAUAAAGAAAAAAAUAAACCGGUACAAGUUGACCCUGGACCAGAAAAGACCAAACAUGCAGAUAAAGAUAAUGAAAAUAAAGAUAAAAAAUGUAAAAAUAAAGGUUGUUCAUCUGUGCCUCCUGACCCUCAGCCCAUUUCAGCCCCCGUGUCGAGCAGUGAUAGCAGUAGUGAUGAGGAAGACGAUAAAAAGGAAGAUUCUGCAAUAGAACCAGAGGAGCUCGACAUGAAUAGCUGCUUUGUGUCAAACGCAGCUGCUAUUGCCAAACGCAAACUGGAACAGAAACCUAAACCUGACAAGAAGCCUGCUCAAGCAAACCCAAAAAAACAACACGAAUCCCAGCAGAAAGCCACUGUGAUGCCUCAAAAGCAGGUUGCUAAAGAAGAGGUGAAUGGAGAGGAGUCUGUCAAUGCAAAUGAUUUUAUUACAAGAAGUGUGGAGCUGGCAGUUAUAGGUAAUGAGUACGCCGGCUCAGGAAACAUGGAGAUGGCUGUGAAAUAUUUUACCGAUGCUAUAAAGCACAACCCUAAAGAGUAUAAGUUAUUUGGAAAUCGUUCUUACUGCUAUGAAAAGAUGCUUCAGUAUGAGAAAUCUUUAACCGAUGCUGAAAUUGCUCUUUCUAUGAACCCUAAAUGGAUUAAAGGGCUUUACAGAAAAGGCAGAGCAUUGGUUGGACUAAAGAGAUAUAAUGAAGCCAGACUUACAUUUGGUGAAGUUUUAAAACUGGACAGCUCUUGUAAAGAUGCGGCUGAGGAGAUUAUGAGAGUGCAGCUCAUGCAACUUAUGGAAAUGGGAUUCACCAAAGAACAGAGUUCAAAUGCGCUUAUAAUCCAUGGAACUGUAGAAAGAGCCCUAGAAAGUCUGUCUGGACUAUCAGGUUUAGCCCCUGUCCUUGUGCCCAAAGAAAACGAGUUUAAAUCAGUACAGUACAAACACCCUCAACCUCCAGCUAAAUUCCCUCUCAUGCCUCUUCCUCAAAACCAGCCUCGACCCAGCAUGCCAACCGCUGCUCCACUUCCCCCUCAUUCCCCAGAGCUGUUCCCCAUCUGGGUCGGAGACUUGGUGAGUUCUAUAACCGGGAGCAAGCUUUAUGACCUAUUCAAAUCUGUUGGGAAUAUCCAUAAUGUAAGAGUGUUGCCUGACAGAUACUGCGCAUUUGUUAACUACACCAGCAAGGACAGCUGUGAGAAAGCCAUACAAAUGUUCAAUGGUCAUGCCAUUGAUGGGACAACUCUAGUAGUGCGUUAUCCAGAUAGAAUUCACACUCGUCUCGGAAUGUCUAGAGAUGCUUCAACUGAGUCCUCAGGAAAGAAUGGCAAACAGCCUAAUGAAUGUUAUUUUUGGAGGAUGUAUGGCUGUAAGAAUGAACGCUGCACCUUCAAGCAUAUUCCAGAAAACAAGGGCAUCGAUCGACCUAAAGCCAAACCACACACCUGACUCUCUGCAUAAUGUCAGAGAUUUAAACACCGUCAAAUCACUAGAAUUAGUUGGAUUUAGUAAAUGUUUCAAAUGCAUAAAACUUUGGCGCAUGGUGUUUUGGUCAUUUAGCUGCAUUUCAUAUCCUUUUUUUUCCUUUUAAAAAAAAAGUCUUAAUAUCUGCAUAGGCGAAGAGAGUUUCAAGUUAGGAUGAACAGGUAUGAUGGCUUAAGUUUAAUUCACUUUUAUUUUCUUUAUAAUUCUCCCACAGAUUAAUACAUGUACAUUUUUAAGUCAGUUAUUGGUUUUAGUUGCUGGCUUUGCGAAAUUGUGACAUGAUGCUUUAUAUUAAAUAUAAGCGAUCAAAAAGUUGAAUGAUUGGUCACCGCAGAGGUUUAAUUUUAUUUUUUUUAAGUUUUCUGAAAAGUAUUUCCCUUAAUGAUGGCAUUGUCUGAGGGUUUUAAACCGUAAGUAUCAUUACACUGGUUUUAUUUGACUUCUGACCUGCAGGAUUUAACCUGCCUCAGUAAAAGCUGAACUGUUAAAAUGUCGGAUUCAAUUUAAGAUCGGUCUCGUGCCACUUCUGCUGUAGGAAUGACCUGCAGUACACAGUAUCAUACCGUAUUAGUUAGGCUGGAAAAUGAAAGCUUUCAGUUGUAAUUGAUUUUCAUUGUUAUGCCUGUAAAGCACUACAAAAUUGUUCUCUGUGCUACAAUAAAAGGUGACCUGUGACAUCUGCUA